UUCAUGCUUUCCUCUGUCGUAUUCGAUACUCGGGGAACCAUUUAAACUUCAGCUAACCCUUUUUUCCCCAUCCAAAGUUUAUUCUUUGGUUUUGACACUUGAAUUUCCAUUCCUUAAAUACGGGGGUUGUGAAGUUUCCCCUCACAUUUUUUUCUUCUGACCUGCAAAUCUUAAAGCCAUGUUGCUGCCAUCAUCGCUGCUGCUCCUUCUCAGCUUCUUUACCUGGAGUUCCAGCCCAACGUGGGCCGCUAAAAUAAUUGUGGUCCCACCUAUUAUGUUUGAAUCGCACCUCUACAUCUUCAAGACGCUGGCAACGGCGCUACACCAAGAGGGCCACGAGACCCAUUUUCUAGUUUCAGAGGGCCGUGAGGUCCCGCCCUCUUCUCACUACAAUUUGCAGCGCUAUCCCGGGAUCUUUAACAGCACAUCAGCUGACAACUUCCUUCAGUCUAAAGUCAGCAACAUCUUCUCAGGCCGCUUGACAUUUCUCGAACUGUUUGACAUCCUUGACCACUACUCUCAGAACUGUGAUGCUGUUGUCGGCAAUGGGGAAGUAAUGAAUCGCCUGAAGGAGGCCAAGUUCGACCUGCUGCUGGUGGACCCAAACGAAAUGUGCGGUUUUGUGAUCGCUCAUAUCCUGGGUGUGCAAUAUGCUGUUUUCAGCACAGGCUUGUGGUACCCCGCAGAAGUCGGAGCCCCGGCACCGUUGUCAUACGUGCCAGAAUUUAACUCAUUGCUGACGGACCGAAUGUCCUUAAUUCAGAGGAUUGCUAACACAGGUGUCUACCUGGCACAACGCUUUGGAGUCCAUUACAUUGUGUUACCCAAAUAUGACCGGAUUAUGAGGAAGCAUGGAGUAAAGCCAUAUGCGGCCAUGGCUGACUUGGUGCAGGGGAGCAGGCUGUGGAUGCUGUGCACUGACAUGGCUCUGGAGUUCCCAAGGCCCACACUCCCACAUGUAGUCUACAUUGGAGGCAUCCUCACAAAACCCCCAACCCCACUACCACAGGAUUUUCAGGCCUUGGUGAAGGGCACAGCGGAACAUGGCUUUGUGGUGGUGUCAUUUGGUGCUGGAGUCAAGUACCUCUCCCAUGACAUCGCUCACAAACUGGCUGGAGCUCUAGCCCGGCUGCCGCAGCUUGUCAUCUGGAGAUUCUCUGGAGUUGCACCCAGUAACCUUGGCAACAACACCAAGCUCGUUGAUUGGAUGCCACAGAAUGACUUACUAGGUCAUGUUAACACAAAGGCUUUUCUGAGCCAUGGGGGCCUAAACAGCAUCUACGAGGCCAUGUAUCAUGGGGUGCCGGUGGUAGGUGUGCCUCUCUUUGGAGACCACUAUGACACCAUGACUCGUGUGGCAGCCAAAGGGAUGGGAAUCAUGCUGCACUGGAAAGACAUGACGGAGGAAGAUCUCUACGUUUCCCUGAGCAGUGUCAUCAACGACCCCAGGUACCGUGAACAGGCUCGUCUCCUCUCCAACAUUCACAAAGAUCAGCCGGGCCACCCGGUCAACAGGGCAGUGUACUGGAUAGGGUACAUCCUCCGUCACAACGGCGCUAACCAUCUUCGCUCGGCUGUAUACGAAGUGUCCCCCUACCAGUACUUCCUCUUGGAUGUAAUGUUUGCUGUUGCAGCUGCUGGCGCUCUCAUAGUGUUUUCACUGCGUAGGCUGGUACGUCUCCUCAGGGGCAAGGCCGAGGACCACAGCAGAAGAGUAGAUGGCAGCAUGACCAAUGGACACUGCCACUCUGAAAGCAUUGCCAACGGUAGGCACAAACGCAACGGCUCCUUGAAAACUGAGAAGAUAAAUUAGUGUUUCUGAAUGGCGACGUGAGGAAGAAGUUGCCCUAAGGACUCAGCUCUAGGUUUGGUUCAUUGCUUUAAUGAAAGCGUGGAGCAAAAGCUGUUCUUAGGUCUGCGUCAACGAGGCAACUGCUACUCAGAUUGAGCACGAGGCUGUAGGAGGAUACACGGUGCGUUGUGUGGGGACAGAGCAAGGCGUCGGGUGCUCCAAAUCUGUGUGUAUGUGUGUGUUUAGAUGAAUGUUUGUGCUAUGAGGCAGAAUUAACAUAAAAAAAACAAAACAAUAACAGCAGCUACAGCAAGACACUGGUUGUUCUUUUUGAGGAUGAAACACAGGAAGGACACAUCUAUACAGGCAUCUCAUCUCCUCCAUGUUAUGUGCUGGCUUCCUCAGCAGAGAGGAGGAAGACGAUCAGGGGCCAAGCCUUCAUCCUGGGAACAAAAGCAACAAAUCACAAAGCUUUGGAUUGAUCCCUUGUUUUAAAGUGUCUGGUGAUAACUGUAAAUAGAAGGAAAAUCUAUUUAUUGCUGCUCCAACGCCUUUUAAUUACGGACCUUUUUAACCUUGUCUUAUUGUUAAUUUAUUUGAUUUGACUGUCAGAGGUGUGACAGUUUGACGGUGGACGUACACUCCUUACCCUGAGAUCACAUCCGUCUUUGUGUUGGUAAAACAAACGGAACACUGACAGCAAUAAUUAUAAAUCCGCUUUGGGCUUGUAAUGUAGUUGCAUUGUUCACAGCAGCCAUCUGACUCAUCCUUGUGACAAAACAUCAUUUUCCCUUUUCACAUUGUAGUGCCAGCUUGUAAACGAGUGUGGUUUCUUCACCUACUGAAACCCGGCUUGGCUUCAUUGUGUGAAAAGGUGAUUUUAUGUUUUUGGUUUUAUUUGAUUAAAAAAAACAUUUUAGGCAGGUGUUUCUUAAGUAGGCUGAGCCAGAUAGGACCUCUACUCAGUCCCAUGCAGACAAGGAUGAGUCAGAGCAUUACUCAUUUAUGAUUGUUGCUAUUGUAGCCCCGUUUAUACCUUCUGCUUCCAUAAUCUAUUUAUUACAGCACAAAUUCCUUACUCUGUUGCCAUUUUCAGGGCUCAACUUGUCUUUGUACAUCAUUUCUCCAUUAUUUAGCUGUUAAUUAAAUUCUGUGUACUAAUUUUAACUUGUCGUGAAUGCUAGCCUAAAAUUAUUAUUUCAACUCACUAUUUAGCUUCCAUAAGUCUGGAAGACAUUGCUGUUGCGGUCCACGUGCAAACCAACAGACUUUAUAGAAUUUGUAAUAAUUUCAAGCUUGAAUGAAACAUGUUCUCAAUGUGGCAUUAUGUAAUAAUAUACAGGGCUCCGCAUUUAUAGGCAUUCCUAUUAGAGAUAUGUAAACAGCUAUUAAUCAAUUUAUUCAAUCACUUUAGGGGGAAUUAUUUAUACAUAUAUAUUUCUUUUAGCCAUUCUUCAAAAUGGGAAAGACGAGUGAACAUGCCAUUCAAGACAGGCAGGUGAGUGGGGAUUGGAAAAUGUCACAGGAGCCCAUUUCAUUGCCUGAUGAGUUUUUUUGUUUCACGUUAAAUUUGCCUGUCUAAGAACUGUUAAUGAUUGACCCAAAAGUUUCUGUUUUCCUAGAGCAGCAACAAUGUGACCAAAAUACUAAUUUCUCUCAGCCACUCUUUAAAAUGGAAUAGAGAACUUGCCAUUCGAGUAAGGCCGAUGCAUUUUCAUUUAGGAAAUAACUACGAGAAAAUAGCUUCCUACUUUUCAAAAUGGGAAUGGCAGGAGAACGGAGGAUUCAAGUUAAACAGAUGGUUUCUAUUCAUAUGUCAGGUAAUUGGCUUAACUUGCUGCAUAUUUAAAGAUUGGAUGAGGAUCCAAGUUUAUUUUCCCACCCUGCCCAGUGGAAAAGGUUGGCAAGGAAGGUAAAGCAAAUAUCCAAAUCUCGCAGUCGGUAGUAAACCUUAUAGUGUCAGUUUGCUACUGGAGCAGAUUCAUUAUUUCCAGGCUUUUCUAUGUAUCCGUACUAGGGGUGCCAAUAAUUGUUGGGUGCACAGUAUGUGUAUGCAGUAUGCUUGAUUUUGUCUGGGUAUUUAUGUGCUCCCGUCUUUUACGAGAGUUUUGUAGUCAUCGCCCAGCAUAAAUCUUGAGUAUGCAGAUGAGAUGACUAUAUGUUUGAGCCCUUUGAGAUUCAUGGAAAUGGUUAUGAUUUUAUGACGUUAAAGCUCAUGAAAAUAAUUCUUUGUUUUUAAGGAGAGACAAAGUUGUUUUCAGUGACAUUUGUUUUCGUCCUCCGUCUUGUUUCUUGGCCUUCCUGAAGUUUCUGCUCACUGACUUUAAAGAACAGAUGGUGAAACAAGAUCAAAAGAUGCCAGUAUGAACCCUAAUGAUUCUUUUACAGUUGUGACACAAGCAUGAAGAGCUGGGAAAUGUUUGGCAACAGAAGUCUUUGCUAACAGAUGUUACAGAAAGACAUGCUUGUGAACAAUGUGUUGGAGUGCUGUUUCAUCUGCUCAUUGUAUCAUUUUGACAUCCUGGUACAGAGAAUGCUUUCCACCCAGACUGAAAGAUAAAGCCUCAAUCACAGACAAAAGUUGGGAUCUAUGGCACCCACUAUGCUUAUCGGAAAAAAAAUAUAUAUAUUGCAGUAGCAUAAUGCAGUAGCAUAAUAUCUCUCUGAAAAAUUGCUAAAACUAAAGUCCCAUACUUAACCAAAUCUCACCUGUAACAAUUAUUGGCACCCUCAACAAUUCAUGUACAAUACCUGAUAAUUUUAUUUGCAUGUUUAAGAACUGUUUGUAACCCCAAACGUUCUGUUUUUCUGCAGCGAAAAUAACGUCACACAGAAGCCAGUUUCUGUUGGCCACUCUUCAAAAUGGGAAAGGCAAUAGAAUCAUUUCACUAAUCCAGAUAAAAAUGGCUACAAGAUGAUAGCUACUCACCUAAACUCCUUCAAAUAUCAAUGAGGAUAAAUAGUGAGUUUAAACAACUGUUACUGGGAUAAACUUGGCUGAAUGAGGAUCCAAGUUUUACCAUAGUGAAAAGAUCAUAAGGGAAUAAAAAAAAAAAUCUCCAAAAGCUAGUAGUUGUUGAACUGCAACAAAGAAUGGCAUAUUGGGAUCACCAAGCAUUCAUAAGUUAUUUUAAGCCUAUUACACAUCUUCACCAGGGGCUGCAAUAGUUGUGGAGAGUCCUGUACGUUUUAAAAACAAACAAAAUGGUCACUUGAACAACAUUAACAAGGAAAUCUAACCAACUUAAGGGGAAAAAACACUAAAUCUCUCUCUCUCUGUGAGCUACAUUUACACUUGCACCACACAACCCAGCCCUGCUGAAAAACAGACUCCUAUACUUGAAUCAACAUCCUAAAUAAUCAUCUGUAACGUUAGCAGUUGGAUGCUGGUGGUAGGUGGCGCUGCAGGUGCUACACAGGCUAUGAACAGGGUCUGAAUCUUAGAAAAUGUUUGAAGGUAUUUCUACCUUGUUAUGUUUCUAGUAUUAACAUUGUAGCUACGACAAGUAAAACAAACCAUAAAAUAUAUAUUUUUUCUCUGUUUAUCUUCAUAUAUUUAUGUCACUUGCCCUGCUGCGUUUGUAUGUCAUCAGCUUUAAUAUUGCCUCCAUGGGUGCACCUUCUUGUUCCUUUAGUUCAUCUUUUUGUUCCUUUCUACUUCCUGCUGUGUUCUGUGCUCUUUCCCUCGACCUCCGAUGUUUCAGUUCUUCUUAGCCUCUCGCACUGUUUAGAUUUUGUUGUGCCCUCUUUAUGGAAUCACACCUUUUUUUUCCCUUCAUGUGUGUCUUACGUUGUAAAUAGAAUGUAAACAAAAUACUAAAUCUGAAUAAAAGUCAACUAUUUUGUUUGCAGA